GUACUCCCUUAGGUACCUAAUAUAUUAGGUACUCUCGUAUUAGGUGCUCUAACGAAACGCUUGUUGAGUUGAAAUAAUACUGGAAUUCUUAUCUUAUGUUUUGCAACUAUUCGCAUAGACCAAGAUGAGCUACACAGCUUGGAUAGUCGCCUCUGUUACGGCUCUAAAUAGACUUCAUCUCUCUCUAUAUACGUUACUUUGCCUUUCUAUUCCUCUGCUUUUACUCGCCCUGAACUACCCGAAAUACCUUAACACGGAGGGGUUACUCCUUGUUAACAAGGGUUUCGCCUGGGAGCCCAGGUUGUUCGCACGUCUUCGCUGGGCGCUAUUUUCCCGUGAGAUCCUUCAAGGGGGGUACGACAAGGUAAGCAACGCCUUUGAAGAAUCGGCUCGAGCGCGGAGAUGCCAACUAUGUGAUAUUUCCAGCCAGCUUCAUCCCUGAGCUGAACCGCCUGCCCGUAGAUGUUCUCAAUACGAGAAAGCAUCACAGCUUCAGCCUCCUCGGUCACUUGACCGGCAUGGACGUCAUUCUCAAGACGAACUACCAUGUGAAGACUCUCUUGGGCCGGAUUAGCCCGAUAAUCAGCGAGGCAACGCCGCUGAUGGCUGAGCGCAUGACCGCGAGGCUAAAUCAAUUUUUUCCUGGGGAACCUGGCGUGUGGGUUUCUAUAGAUCCUGUCGAUGUCCUGGUAAAAUGCAUCAGUGAAUGCUUAGCAUUUACGUUGUUUGGGCCGCCAAUUUGUGAUAAUCCUGAGCUUGUGAGGGUCUGUCACGAGCAUAAUGAAACAGUUUUUACGCUUGCGUUCUGUAUGCGUAUCGUGCCCUCCUUUCUCCAACCCAUUCUCGUCUGGUUGCUUCCCGCCAAAUGGCGUCUGGUCAGGGGGUGGAGAACCUGGGAUCGCAUCGUGCUCCCCGAGGUGCGCUGCCGCCUACAAGAAAAGGGCUUUGAUCCAUCCACGAGAGGUGACCUGAUCUCCUGGAUGUUGCACGAUGCCAAAACCCCUAUCGAGCGCGACGAGUACGUCUUGUGCCACCUCUGCGCCGCUGUUAUCGCCGGUGCGACCUACAGCACGGCAAACCUCGCAUCUGAAGCUCUGGUUGAUCUCGUGGCUGAUCCCGAUACCUUGGAGGAGGUGUGCAGAGAGAUCAAACAGAAGCAUGAGGAUAUUGGUGGGCAGUGGGAUUUGGCCGCUCUGGAUAGUCUGUACAAGCUAGACUCAGCACUCAAAGAAACGUCGCGACUCGCUCCAGGCGCUGCACUCGUGUACCAGCGCGCCGUGCAGAGAGACGUGAACCUGAGCUGCGGCAUCCAACUAAAACGCGGACAGUUCAUCGCGGUAGCCUCGCAGGAGGACAUAAUGGCCUACAGUGCGAACAAAGGCAUACCAGGACGUACACCAAGCACAUAUAACGGCAUGCGCUUCUACAACGAGGAUCUCGAGCGGCAUAAACGGGGAUAUACUCACGUGGGGGUCGGGGCGGUGGGCGUGCCCGGGGCGGAUAGUAGCGAAUAUGAUGAUCAAGGCGUUCUAUGUUUUGAAAGAAAAAUUUCAAAAAUUGAAUGCCCUCGGUGGUCGUCGAACCUAAGGCUUCUACUUUUUUCUUUUAAUUACGUAGGUACCUAGGGUAUGCAAGUAAUCGCAGCCUCGCGUAGAAUCUUUCAGCAUCGUGGGUCAACUUCCCUGAAGAAUACGUGGGAGGACUUUCGGGUCCAUAAUGGCUAUCUGGCAGGCCUCAAUAUACAAGAGUUUUUGCUGUGCCUUUUUAAAA